AUGAUCAAUCUCAGCUUCUCCAGAGCACUUCUAAUAGUGCUUUCACUGAGCACUUGGACUACAGGACAGAAAAAUAACUGUGGAAAGGAUUUCUAUGAAAAACAUGGACGGUGCUGCAAAUUGUGUGAGCCUGGAACUUAUUUGAAGGACUUUUGCACCGAAACUCGGGAAACUGACUGCAGACCCUGUCCGGAAGGGACUUAUGCAGACCAAAUCAAUGCCUUUGAUAGAUGUAAGAAAUGCCCUUCAUGCCAGCAAGGGUUUGCCGAGAAAUGUAGCGAAACCUCAAAGGGAAACUGUCAGUGCCGACCUGGCUUCCUGUGCUCAGACAACUCAUGCUCACUUUGUGAGGAAAACAAGUGCAGUGUAGGAGAGGAACCAAAGAAGACAGAUUUGGGGAAUGGAAACUAUUCUUACAAAUGUGAAUUUAAAUGCCCUGGAAAUCAUUUCUUUGAUGCAAAAGAGGACACCUGCAAGCCAUGGACACUAUGUGGUGCAAAGGGACUUGUUGAAAAGUCUUCAGGAAACAAAACUCACGACGCUGUUUGUAAUGAACCACAAAGAGGUGGAAGAGACUAUGCCAAUGCUCACUGGAUCAUGAGCAUUGGCUUUGUUUUUCUCUCCCUGACCCUCUUUCUGUUUAUGCUUUACGCCUGCUCGAAGAACCUGAGGAGGAACCAGAGGAACAGCGUUGCAAGUAAGAUUUCAGUCCAGGCGGUCUCAUCCAAAACCAGCGACUUCCACCUUUCAAAAGAGGAGAGCGGACUGAAGCUCAUCAUCCAGGAUGAAUUCAAGGACUGUUGCAGUGAAUCAGUUGUCUCUUUUUCAUAAAGAGACAACUUUUUAGUUUUGAUAAGACAUGACUACCACUGGAACACGUACGUAUUAGUGUAUACACCACAUUUAAUUUUUUUGCAUUUUUUCUGGUUAAUGCAGCCACCUUCUGUGUGCCAGACGAACUAGCACAGAAUUUAGAGACAAAGAAAACUAUGAAAAGUAUGGAGAUAAUUUAUAUUUCAUCCUCCUUAAUGAGUUCUUUGUAAAACCACCUUUUUGAUGCAAUUCUAGCCUCUGUCUCUACCAAUUUCUCACAUCCAGGGACUGUGAAGACCAGUUUUUAUUGGUCAGGAAUAUUCUUUGGUCAGUACUUUGACCAAGCAAUUCUUUUACAUUGCAACUCUGGCUGUAUGUUUAUGGUUGUUGCAUAGGAAAGUGGAGCGCUGCUCCAAUUUUUAGGUUUUUGUCCUGUGUUUAAUUUUGUAAUUAUUAGAAGUCAUUAGUAUUUAAAGGGAAAAGGCAUGUUUAUUUAUAUUAAACUUAUUUUUUGAUCAGUUCUACUAGAAACAUAUCAAUUUAUGUGUAAAACAUAAAUGAAAUAUUUUGUUUAAGUUUAUCAACUCCAACUGUGUUGAAGUGUUAUGUUGAUUUCAAGUCUUUGAUGUUUUGCUGAAGAAACAAAGGAGAUUGGUUAUUUAUAUUAAAUCAUUGUUUGUUUGUUUGUUUGUUAAAGUCUUUAAAAAAUGAUAUGAGCUUUUAAAUGUCUCGGGUGUAAAAUUAACAUAAUCAGAACUGGCCCUAUUCCUAUGUUACAAGGAAUUGCUUAAAUUUAUGUUUCAGUGAUUUUUAAAUCACAUUUUUUCUUAUGAUGUAAUAUUAUAUGAUGACAAAUGUUUUGGAAGACUUAAAUGGGAAACACCAUUAUAUGUGCAAGUUAAUUUCAAUUAGCAGGAUCACCAUUUUAUAGUUAUAAAUGGUGAAAAAUACACUGAAAUGUAUGUAUUAACUGUAAUUUAUUUGUGUUUUGUCAAAUUAUAGACUCCCCAAUGUCUGUAUUCCCCUUCAAAACAAUUGAAA